AGAUAUCGGUUAUAUGACGAACCGCUUGUAUGCAAAUUUUGGUUAUAUGCAAAAUUUUCAUAUUUCAACGCAUUAUAGAACGUUUUAUUAUAUGAAUUUGGUUGUUUGAAUGCAAAUCGUUUAUAAGCAAAUAUCGCAUUUAUGCAAAAAAAUUUCAGCAAAAUUGAAUCGUUACGUACAAAUUUUAAUCUGUUUUAAGCAAAUUUUCCAACACUGAAACACUAAAUUUAUUCUAUCGAUUUAUCGAUUGUCAAACAUAUGAUUUUGUGUUACACUUGUUACAAUGUCGCGUCGUGUUGUGUUAACAGCGAAACAAAAAAUUGCGGUUUUAAACGAUUUAAAGACUUCCAAAGACCGAAAAACCAUUGCUGCUAAAUAUAAAGUUAGCUUAAGCACUAUAUCGCGCAUUCAAAUCCAAGAGAACAAAAUCCGCGCCAUAACAAAUCCCAAUAGGAAACGGGAUAGGAAAGGCGCACACGUGAAUUUGGACAGAACCUUGUUGUCCUGGUUUAACCAAAUCCGGUCCCAAAAUGGAAUUGUUACCGGACCUGUCUUGCUUUCUAAAGCACAGGAAUUUGCGUUAAAAUUAAACGAAAGUUAUGUGCCAGACCGUAGUUGGUUGCAGCGUUGGUGCGGGCGAAAUGCCCUUAACUUCUCCAAGAUUUACGGAGAAGCUGGCGAAAAUAACGCAACAAGUGCAGAAGUUUUCACUACUAACCGUUUGCCUCAUAUUAUUGAAAAAUUUUCGCCGGAUUGUAUAUUUAAUGCCGAUGAAACCGGGCUGUACUACAAGGCGUUGCCAAAUGGAAGUUACAAAGGCAAGUAUGAGAAUCCAAAGGGAUUCAAAACUCAAAAGCAACGCCUCACAUUUCUGUUUCUAUGCAAUGCAACCGGCACGUAUAAACGUGCAUAUUGCAUUGGAAAGUCGGCUAAACCACGGUCUUUUAAAGGAAAACAGCUACCGCUGCCAUAUUAUAAUAAUAGAAGUGCUUGGAUGACGAGUGUUAUUUGGAAAAAGAUUCUAAUAGAUCUCAAUCAAAAUCUUGAAAAAGAUAACAAGCAGAUAUGUUUGAUUGUUGAUAAUGCUCCUUGCCACAAUACAGAUGAGAAAUUCUCAAACAUUACGAUUGAAUUUUUGCCACCAAAUACAACUGCCCUUAUACAGCCACUUGAUCAAGGUAUCAUCCACUCCUUUAAAAUGGAAUAUCGACAAAUACUAAUAAAAAAACAAAUUUGUGCGUUGGAGAAGGGCUUAUCUAUAGUUGAAUUCCUGAAAUCGCUCACUAUUUUGGAUGGUAUCAAUUAUGCAAAUCGCGCUUGGAACCUUGUUAAGCAGCAAACAAUUAGUAAUUGUUUCAAAAAGGCAGGCAUUGACAACAUUCAAUUCAUUACAGAUGAGAUUGCAGCCACAGAAGGCGAAAACUAUGAAUGGUGCACACUCGAUAAUGAAUACAUUCAAUGCGAUAAUGAACUUGUCUGCUUUGGAACCAUGUCGGACGAGGAUAUUGUUGCGGACGUAUUGGCCGUCAAUCAAAAUUCUACUGAAGAUGAGGAAGUGUUCGCGCAAUCUGAGGCUUGUAUUAAACACCCCUCAACGAAAAAUGCCUUGCUAAGCUUAGAUUCGCUGCGUGACUAUUUUUGUCAUAACAAUAUAGAUCCCUUAGAGGCUUUUGAAGAUAUUGAAAAUUUAAUCCUAGAGAGUUCUGAAAAACAGAAAUGCCAGAAGAAAAUAACAGAUUUUUUAAGUAAAUCUUAACAAUUUUCAAAUUAAAUGAAUUGACUGAAGUGAAAUAUAAUUUUUAUUAAAACUGAAUAAGUUUAUAUAUUCUAUUUCUUGUGUGCUAUUUUUUGUUUACAUCGAAUUGAUUGUGUAUAUGCAUAUAUUUUGCAUAUAAGCGAAUACCGCUUGUUUGCAAUUACCGCCUGUAUGCAAAUUUUUUUUUGCAUUAUAACAAUUGCAUAUAACCGAUAU